GCUCAUUAAAAACGUACACCCUGUUCAUCAGAAAGCUUGUUAUAAGGCAGUGCCAUUGAAACCAAAGAAAAAAAAAAUGGGCAUACACACGUUACCAAUUUUCCUUCUCCUUCAAAUCCUAUGUUUCCUGCUGUUCCCUCGGCCCCUACAAUCACAAGGCAAUAAUUUUUCCCGUCAGCCUGCGGCCCCACUAAUCUUAACUCAUAAUGAGCGCUCCGACUCCGAUCCUCAGCAGGUGCAUAUUUCGCUGGCGGGGAAGGACCAUAUGAGAGUGUCGUGGAUUACAGAAGACGAGCACGUGCAAUCCAUAGUCGAAUAUGGAACGGAGGCCGGAAAAUACAGUGCGAAGGCCACUGGAGAGCAAACUCGGUACCGAUACUUCCUCUACCGGUCCGGCACCAUACACCAUGUCAGAAUAGGGCCUCUCCGUCCGAGCACCGCUUACUUCUACAGAUGUGGAGGUUCCGGGCCCGAAUUUUCCUUCAAGAUGCCUCCAGCGAAGUUGCCCAUCGAAUUUGUUGUUGUCGGGGACUUGGGACAAACAAGAUGGACAAGAUCGACCUUAGAACACGCAGAAAGCAAGGGCUACGACGUGUUUUUGUUGCCUGGAGACCUGUCGUACGCGGAUACCCUCCAAUCCUUGUGGGACUCCUUCGGUCGUUUGGUAGAGCCCAGCGCCAGCCGAAGGCCCUGGAUGGUCACUAACGGCAACCACGAGAUCGAGUCCAUUCCAAUCAUCUUCCCCGAUCGCUUCAAGGCCUACAACGCUCGCUGGCUCAUGCCCCACCACGAGUCUGCCUCUUCCUCCAACCUAUAUUACUCUUUUGAAGUUGCCUCCACCCACGUCAUCAUGUUGGGUUCUUACACCGAUUUCCAUGCUGAUUCUGACCAGUACGAGUGGCUCCGAUCUGAUCUCGCACGCAUUGACAGGCGAAACACCCCUUGGGUUAUUGUGCUCGUGCAUGCCCCCUGGUACAAUACCAACGAGGCUCAUCAAGGCGAAGGUGAAACCAUGAGAAGAGCCAUGGAAGAGCUGCUUUAUAACGCUCGAGUAGACUUGGUUUUCUCUGGUCAUGUUCAUGCCUACGAACGCUUUUCUCGAAUAUACGACAACAGGGCUGAUUCAUGCGGUCCGAUGUACGUGACAAUCGGGGACGGAGGGAACCGCGAGGGACUUGCGUUAAAGUUUAAAAAUCCUGGGAGCCCCUUGUCAGUGUUUCGAGAGUCAAGUUUCGGUCAUGGAAGGCUGAUAAUAGUGAAUGAAACACAUGCUAGCUGGGCAUGGCACCGAAACAAUGACGCUGAUGCGGUGGUGGCUGACCAUGUUUGGAUAAGUAGUCUGAGAAGCACCAAAGCAUGCUGGGACGACCCAUCAUUCGCUCCUCGUGAUGAGCUUUGAUAACUUGGGAUGGGUGGUAAAGCGUAUUUACUUGCUAUAGAAUUUGUUCACUAAUUAAUAUGUCCUUUCCUUUAUCAUCAUAUCGGUAUCAGUUACUAUCUACGACGAAAAAUUGUUCACGCUUGACCAAGAGUUCUGAUUCUGAAUGAUCCACCGUAUGACCGUACCAUUUUUCUGC